GUGGAGAACAGAGGUGGGAAGAAAAUAGGAGUGGAAUAGAGGGUGUUCUCAUAAGGCUCCGCCGCCCCAAUCUGGAAGAAUUAUGAACACGUCAACCCCCCACCCCCCUCCAGCGGGAGGAUCGGGUGGUGGAGAAGCGUCCUUAUCGGCGGAACAUGUAGGAGCGGAUGAUCCGAACAGACUCAGGGCACUGUUGGACUUGUGCUUCGAUGAUGGCCUAUUUCCGGACACUAAUAUCGACUUUGGAGAGACAAAAAUCAUCGAUGGGAUUGGAUACCUGUCACUCAAUCAGGAAGUUGACACAGCAACGGUCAACUGGCUAAAAGCCAGGACGGUGAUUGUCUUAUUUGACGAACCGGCGAUGUCUCUAAGCGUAGCCCAGAGAGAGCAGUUAAUUAGAGUAUACGAGGGGGCAUGGUACCAAGAAGUGGACAUCAACCCAACACAAAAGAGAGGAAGGACGCAUGGGGAGGGUCCAAAUGUCUCAUCGUACGUGGCUAGAACGGAGAGGAUAGCCCAGUGGCUGACUGCCAAAGGUGAGGAUAGAAUCCCGACAAGGAAUGGGUCGGUCAAAGUCCGUUUUAAACCGUGGAUGACAAGGCAGGAAUUGGACGUGAUAAGAGAUAACAAGGCAGCAGGAAAGUUCAGGAUUAUAGCGUUGAGAGUUCCCCUUGAAGCCCUACCUUCGCUUAGGUUUGCGGUUCAGCGAUUUAUGGGAAGAGUGUUGGUGAUGCACCCCCCGGAGAGAAGAGCGGACGAACCUAGGUUGGGGAAUAUCCGAAUUGACUGUGUAUCGGAGGUUAGGCAGACCUUCCUCGAGUGGAUCGUAGUGAGGAAAUCCACAGGAGGAUUUGUCGAAGUACAAUUCGCAAACCAAGAUACCCCAUUCUGCAACAAAUGUCUGUGGUGGUAUCAUGACGAGUUUGAUUCGGAGUGUCCUAGGUUUAGCGAACCAAUGCCGGAAGAGAGAGGCGGCAGACGGGCUAGGGGGAGAGGGGCGAGAGGUAGAGGAAGAGGAAGUGGCCCGAGAGGACCUCAAGGGCAGCCAGUUGGAGGAGGGCAUAGCAUUGGACGAGGAAGGGUAAAUCAGCAAGGGAGAGGGGGUCCCCCGAAUCAGCAUGAGAGUCAGCCAAUGUCAACCACAAGUGAGCUAAACCCGAACUCGAGAGCCUUAGUGGUUUACUCAUCAAUGGCGCCGACGGAGACGGUAACAGAAAGGGGAACAGGAACGAGCUACCGUCCCUUGUGCAUAGGUACAGAAUCAAGACAGGCAGAAGAGAGAGGGGCCCCUGUGCAAUCCGCAGGAAACGUGCAGAUGAGGACUAAUCAGCCAACUUACCCCCAGCCAGUGAUGACGGUAAGGCCUCUACAGAGGGGACAGCCGUUGGCCCUAGGAGCUUCAGAGAACAGAGUGGAAAUUGGGGGUGGGGUGGCCCCUUUCCCAUUUAUUCCACCUCCCAUCCUUCCGACUCACCCGUGGUCUGGGCAGGAUCGGGGCACAAUGCAGGGCACUUGGUGCGUUCCGGCGAAUCCGAUUGGGGGUGGAUUGCCUUGGCAUCCUCCCCCGAUCACGAUGGAGAACAGGCCGCUACCCGGAAGCCCGGCCAGGUGGGGGACAGGACAAGGAGGAGCAGGGAGGAGUAUUGGGAUGGCGACUGGUUUGGUGGAGGGGUGGAGAACGGCUCCGGAAGGUGCACAGAGACAGGGAGGAGUGAGCAACUUUCAAGGGUGGAAUCAGGGCGCAUCCCUUCUCCCAAGGACAUCAGGUUAGCAAGAGAGUUCCCAGACCCUUAUUGGACAAGAAGGGACAGUGGGUCAACACGCCCGAACCCAAGCCGAAGGCCAAACAACAGGACAUCAAUCCUUCGUAGCCAUAAGGAUAAAUCCAGAAUUUGCCC